AAGGUCCGUUUGUAACAAAUGACUCUGAUAAGGUUGUGGACUUAAUCGAAGAAGUAAAAAAAUGAGGAAAAUUUAAGAGUCCAGUCGGAAAUAUCUAUAUUAGCGAUGAAUUUGAAGAAAAUUUCAUUGCGUCAAUUACAUAAAAUCAAAUCAACAAAACAAUAAUUAAAUCAAAUCAAAAUCAUCAAUUUCCUCCGCGCAGUUAUCGUGAAUUUUUCACACAGAUCAUUUUUCAUCGGACUUAUUUGUUUUGCAUAAAAACGCAUUCGUAUGGGCAUUCGGCAGGCUCUUUCCAUACGCCGAAUAACGCGCUUAUCGCACGAUAUGCUUCUGGGCGCGAUUACUGCUAGGCGUGCAAAAGUGCGCCUGCGCUCGCGGGCAUCAUCAAAGCACAAGCGUAUAUAUGUGUGUUAAUAUCCAUUAUUGGCCGGCGUUGCUCGCGUGUGCGCGUAUAUUGUGUCCCGGUGCGAGGCAUAGUGCUGACAUCUUGUUUCCUACGAAUUCACUAAUCGGCUCACGCGAUUCCUAUAUAAAGCCAGCGUGCCGACACGUGCUUCGCGAGAGUCUAUGUUGCGGCGGGUGUGCGCGCACUUCUAAGCUACUUACAGCUAGCGCGGAAACGGUUAAAAAUAAUUAGUUCGAAAAUCACCUCGAGUGCCCCCGAGGGAAGUGAUCCUCGGCUCGACUGAUUUGGUGCUGAUCAUCUUGCCACGCAAGCGACAUCAUGCCACCGAACGAACAGAUCCACGAGCACGUGCUCCCCGAAGCCGUCGAGGAUCCUCUGAAAACUCUGGACAUCCCCGGCUUCAAUGACUACGACGAGGAACACAAAGACUCGGAGUUCAAUAUGAGCGCCGAGGAGUACAACGAGAAGGUCAUCAACAAGCCGUUUCUGCAGAGGACUGACAUCAAAUGGGGCAACCUCUACUUCAUGGUGGUUUUGCACGCAAUCGCGCUCUACGGAUUUCUCACCUAUCCUUACUUCGAGAAGAAGAUGACCUUCGUGUGGGGUUGGUUCUUGGCCAUCGUCGCCAACUUCGGCGUCGCUGGUGGCGUGCACCGUUUGUGGUCUCACCGUGCCUUCAAAGCCAAGGUUCCUCUCAAGAUCAUCUUCAUCCUCUCCUAUCUGACAUCUGGGCAGUACUCCGCGAUAUGGUGGGCCAGAGAUCACCGAAUUCACCACAAGUUUUCGGAAACCGACGCCGAUCCCGUCAACGCAGCCCGUGGAUUCUGGUUUAGUCAUGUGGGCUGGCUCUGCAUGAAGAGACAUCCCGAAGUACUGAAGAAGGCCAAGCAGCUCGAUCUCAGCGACAUUCUCAACGACCCGGUCAUCAAGUUUGAAGAAAAGCACUUCCAAGUGCUGAGGCUCAUUUUCGCUUUUAUCAUACCCACGUUGGUGCCGGUAUAUUUCUGGAACGAGUCUUGGUAUUGGGCAAUCUUGUCGCAAUGUUUCAUGCGUUACGCCUACUCGUUGAACUGCACGUGGGGUAUCAACAGUUUCGCUCACAUGUUUGGAAAUCACCCUUACGAUAAGCACAUCGAGCCAGCGGAAAAUUUCAUCAUGACACUCGCGACUGGAGGAGAGGGAUGGCACAACUACCACCACGUUUUCCCUGCCGAUUACAAGGCUUCCGAGCUUGGCUUCAACUAUAUCACCAACGUCAAUCUGACGACGUGUCUGAUCGAUCUGGCCGCAAAGAUCGGCUGGGCGUACGACCUGAAGGAACCAUCGGAAAAACUACUCAAGGCUGUUAUUAAGAACCGAGGAGAUGGCUCCCACCCGAUUUCUCACGAGCCCGUGAAAACCAAAUGAAGCAAUGCUUACGACAACUUUUUGAUUUUCCGAAAUCAUGGAAAAGUUUUUAUAGACUAAUUAUUGAGCGAAUCUUCCGAGUGAAAAUGCAAUUGAUUAAUGUCGUAUAUUCAUUUAUGAGUGUAUCAGAGAUAGCAUGUGUGAGAUUAUAUAUCGUAUAUGAUCAUUUUCUAGUUUAUUAUUACGCCAACGUAUUUCAUUUAAUGAAAAAUAAAGAUCAUUCAUCUUUUUUUAAAUUAUAGCUUAUUUUUCAUUCGGUUGGUCAAGAAGCGAACUGAACCGAAAUCCUAUCUCUCACGUACAAAUGGGAGCUAUUAAUUGAUCUCGUAAUAUGCAUCUUGUUUUAUACAUGUGAAACAAAAUCGUUAAUGAAUAGUUUCACGUUAAAUAAACUGCGGUGGUCGGUGCCUAGUGAUGGUGCCUUAUAAUAGUAUUUAUAAUACAAAUAUUGUUUGGUACAAUGUUAAACACUUGAGAUUGCGUUUAAAAAUAAAAUGCACUCUUGAUUUAGUAGAAGAA